UAAUGACUGAUAGCUCUGAACCGCUUCCUCAGCCAGAUAGCCUCAUGAAUGCACUAAAGAGAUUCCAUAGCAUUGUCUCUGACGAAGAGAAGUACAUGUCAAGUAAGCUCAUAGCAUACAAUACAAGUAACGAAUUCUCCUUAAAGAAGAUGGAAGAGAUCCAUGGCAUCAAGAAAUUUGAACUGAUUAACUUCCCAUGGAUUGGCUACCAGCCUAAGCAAUGUGAUAUAUGUAGAGAGAAAGACUCAUGUGAUAAAGAUCCUCUAGUCCAGUGCUCUAUCUGUAAGUUCUACGUGCAUAAAAACUGUUACUCAAGACCUAUCUCUCCAGUGGUGUCCUGGAUCUGCCAAAGAUGUAUAUUUAUACUAGAGAAUCCAGACUUUUCUCACUUAAAAUUGUGCUGAGCCCUCUGUAAGUCUUUCAAAGGACUCCUGACUCUAGUCCAGAAUGAGUACUGGGUUCAUAUAGAGUGAGUAUUUUGGUGUCCAAUGCUGUCAUUCGAGGAUUCUGUGGAGAAAGACACUGUAAUAGGCAACUUUGACCCUAUUGCAGUGUCUAAAAAUAUGUCGAUUUGUCUAUAUUGACAAAAGAAAGGCAUCAUUCUCACAAAAUGUGACUAUCCAAGUUGUAAGAUUAAGUUCUGAACACGCUGUGCUGGAUUCUACAGAUGGAUUAUAAAAGGCUGCACCCAGAUGGAGAAGCAGGAAGGAGAGAACGGACAGCUUCUAUUUUGAGAGUUUCACCAGCAAGAAGGUAUUAAAAAGAUUGUCAAACAAAAACAAACUAAGCUCAGUGAGUUUUACUUGGAGGAUAAGAAGGUAUUGGAUGUCAUGGAGCCAAUAAACAAGAUCUCCGAGAGGCUAAACGAAGUAUGAAAAGCUAAUAAAGAGAUCAAGAGUCAAAAUAAGAACUUUAACCUCAAGCAUGAAAAAUUAGAAACUAAGGUAUGAACUCUUCAAAACAUAAGCAUUGCAGAUAAUCCUGGAUCUCCUUCACCCGAACUUCCAUUACAACCUUCUCUCGAAUCUCUAGGACUGGGUGGAAUAGAAAUAGAGUUUUCCAAGGAGAAUGAAUACGGAGGAACUGAUGCAUCACAAGUAUUUAAUACCUCUAGAUCCUACUUUGCACACAAAGCCCAUUGACUUACCAGACUCAAUCCAGAAGCUUCUCUCGCUUGCUUCAACUUGUCCUGAAAACGAAGUCGUUUCAAAAUUUCGCCAUUACUGUGCCAAUAGUGACAUCUUCACUUGUGACAAGUCCAUGAUUCUUUUGUACAAAUCAAAGCCUCUUUUCGAUAUAUUUUCAGUUGAGGCCAUCAACAAUGAACAUGAGGAAAUCAUCAGCCUCAUUAAAAUAAACACUUAAUUACUAGUAAGGAUUUUAU